AUGUGGAGGAUUUGCGGCGUCACUAAAGUCGAGGCACUGUUCUCUGACGUCAUUGAUGACGAUUAUCAGCCGACAUGGCGGUUGUGGGGCGAGGAGCGAGUAGACGGGGCGAUUUAUACUGUUUAUUUGAAGAAAGUACGUUACCAUCGGCCCACGCGCUGCGCGUCCAGUGAGUCUGAUGACGAGAUCUCACAUUUGGAGUGGGAGACAGUUCGAGUUAGAUUUGUUAAAGCUGGUACUGUUGAUCGCCUCGUUGAGGCAUUGGCCACUGACGAUGGCGAGUUGGAGUCCACUUAUGUCAAUGUCUUUCUCGCUACAUACAGGUCAUUCGCGGAGUGCAGUAAAGUCCUCGACUUGUUACUCGGUCGAUAUGAAGCCCUCGCAGCCGACGACGUGCUUUCUACUGGGACGGAAAACUCACAGCAACAUAGAAAGACUCUGGUUGCGUGUCUCCAUGUCUGGCUGGACACGUAUCCUGAGGACUUUCGUCAAGCCCCGCACCACCCCGCGCUGCAGCAGCUCCUCACCUUCACUCAGAUACACCUACCUGGUUCUGAACUACAUUCGAAGGUGUUGCAGAAGCUAGCAAUAUUUAGUGCGGAACGAAAUGGAAGUGUCGGCGGUAGUGGCGUGUGCCUCGCUCCCGGCAUGCGUCUGCCAGCCCACCACACAACCUCAUACCGUCUGCCCCACGUGCCCCACCGACACUUCGCAGAACAACUCACCAGAAUGGACAUGGAGUUGUUCAAGAAGUUAGUCCCCCAUCAGUGCCUCGGCGCCAUCUGGUCCCGCCGAGACAAAGACCGUUCCCACGACGCAGCCACAGUGCUAGCUACGAUCAAUCAGUUCAAUGCCGUCUCUUUCCGUGUCAUAUCCACAGUUUUAGUCGAACCGAACCUCAAACCUCUAGAAAGAGCGGAUAUCCUAGCUGCGUGGUUAGAUAUCGCCAGAGAACUGAGAGUGCUUAAAAACUUUUCUUCCUUAAAGGCCAUAAUUUCGGGGCUGCAAAGCAACCCCGUGUACAGAUUAAGAAAAACCUGGGCGCUCCUAAACAAAGAAAAAGCGGAGCUGUUUGAAGAGUUAGCGAGAAUUUUUAGUGAAGAUAACAAUCGAUGGGCGCAAAGAGAACUCUUGAUGAGAGAAGGGACGGCGAAAUUUGCUGACACGGUUGGGGAAAAUGAUAAGCAAUUACAGAAGUUACUUCACGAGCGCGGAUCUCCUGGAGUCAGCCAUGGAACGAUACCAUAUCUGGGCACAUUUUUAACAGAUCUGACAAUGAUCGAUACAGCGAUUCCGGAUACCGUUGCAGAUGGAUUAAUUAAUUUUGACAAGAGACGAAAAGAGUUUGAGGUGCUCGCACAGAUCAAAUUGCUCCAAGGUGCAGCAAAUGCAUAUCACUUACCCACCGACCCCAUGUUUGAUCGCUGGUUUGAUUCUGUCAUAAUCUUAGAUGAUAGAGAAGCGUAUCAGCUUUCGUGUCAAAUAGAGCCUCAAACCAAUGCACCGAAAGAACGGCGCCCGAAGAAGAAUGAAAAUAAUAACGGCCAUAGGAAGAAUGAUUCGAUAGCCAGUACAAGUUCGAGUAACAGCUCUCAGUUUUACUGCGAAACAGAUGGUGUAGGGACGUGGAAAAGAGACAGCUUGGAGCGACGGUCUUCUCCUACGAGAUUGUCUCAUGGUUCCUCAUCAUCAUCCAUACCAUCUCUGGACGUGUCGUUGUCUAGUGCGAACAGUGGCCCGAAGCAACUCAACGGAAAAGUAGCCAACAGCCCUGCGCAUGCGACUCGAAAUGGGCCAGAUUUUUACAUAAUACGAGUGACAUAUGAGUCGGAUUGCGUUGAAACAGAGGGCGUGGUUUUAUACAAGUCGAUAAUGUUGAGUAAUAACGAGAGGACGCCACAAGUCAUAAGAAAUUCUAUGCUCAAGUUGAAUUUGGACGGUGAUCCUGAUGGAUAUACUUUGGCUCAAGUUUUGCCGGAAAGAGAAAUGGUGCUCCCAGCAAACGCGAACGUCUACUACGCCGUCAACACAGCGUAUAACCUAAACUUCAUCCUAAGACCUCGGAGACCAGAGACUGACGUAGUUGUUAAUGGUAAAACAAAGAACAAACGUGCUUGA